ACUGUACCUUAAGCGAGGAAGUUUACAAGGUUUACAAGAACAACAUUCAUUAACUUGUUUGUGGCUGACGCAAAACAAAAAUAAUAACAUUCACUGUUAGAAUAUCCAAUAAACAAGUGCUAAAAAUUGAGGGGAAAAGAAAUAAAAAAAAACUUGUGUUUGUUGAAAUACCAAUUAUUUAUUUAUCUACUUGUUAAAGGGAACAAUGUGGGAUGUUCACGUUUACAUUUUUUAUUCAUUAGUGGUGUACCUUAUUUGGAAAUUUGUUUUGUGUGAAUUGCCAGAUUAUGUGAUUUAUUACGCUAAAUUCGGUUUCUACAUCGUCAGCUCACAGAUUGUUUCUGCUGUAUUGUUACCGUAUCUAGCUAUCCGUCCAAGAGACCUCAGGAAUGGAAAUUUAAUGGCACGGAUAAUGCAACAUGUGUCAAAGGUAUUAGGAGUAAAAUGGGAACACAGAAAUGAAAAAAUUCUCUUAGAAGAAACAGGUGCAAUUGUAGUAGCAAACCAUCAGUCUGCUCUUGAUAUUCUAGGUAUGUUUAGCGUAUGCCAUGUCGCCCCGAAAACGGCGCCCGUGUGCAAAAAAGAAAUUCUGUAUUUGUUCCCGUUCGGGUUGGCUGCUUAUCUUAAUGGAUGCAUUUUCAUCGAUAGAAGGAACCCUGAAGCCGCCCGCAAUAUCUUAAAAGCAGAGGCCGAUAUUCUGUUCAAAAAUAUGUCAAAAAUUUGGAUGUAUCCCGAAGGAACGAGGAAUAAAACUUGUGAUAAACUGCAGCCUUUUAAAAAGGGUGCUUUUAACUUGGCGAUUGCUUGUCAAGCUCCAAUCAUACCAGUGGUUACAUCACCCUACUAUUUCUUAGAUGGAGAAAAACGUAUUUUUAACAAUGGUCGCGCGAUAAUUCAGUGUUUAGAACCUGUGCCUACUAAGGGAUUAACAAUGGACGACUUGCCAGAACUCUUGGACAGAGUUCAUAAAAUGAUGGAGGUUACCUAUUUAGAACUGGGAAACGAAGUGGCGUGCCUGGCAGCAAACUAAUCUUAAGGGCUUUCAUCCACAGUGACUUAUUGCAGUGAUACAGUAACUAUAUUAUGUAAUAGUAUAUUAUAGUUGUUAAAAAGUCGCCAUAUAAUUAUAGCGAGGUGUCGCUGUAUCGCUGUCCCGUGUACCAGUCGCGAUAAAAUAAUCGUAGCGACGCGUUCAGCGAUGAAGAAUCGUAGCAACGCGCCACAACGAUUUUUUUUCGUAACACAAUCGUAGAGCACAAUAGCUGAACCAUCGAUGCAGUAGUGACUCAAAAGGUGCUCGAAAGCCUUUAUUUUAUCCCAUGCUUGAUCUCAAUUUACCUAAGAUUCUGAGUUAAUUGGAAAAAAAUGUCCUAAUUUUUAUUGGUUACAAAUUAUAGCAUUAUAUCUGUAUAUUUAUUAUCUUUGUACUCCUCUGAAUUUCACCUCUGCAUAAUUGAUUUUAAUCUUAUUUGGAACAGAGAUAGCAUCCCGGAGACGGACAUACAAUACCUACGUCCUGUACUAACUGUAUAAUGUAUAUACAUAUAAUUUUGUUUUUAGUAUGGAUUAUUAAUCAUACAAAUUAUACAAUAAUAAAACUUGACUCCAUAAUUUUUAUGUUCGUUCUGGACUUCGAUUUAAUUAUUAAUACAUAAGAAAACUAACGCAAAUAUAAUGUUGUAUCAGUGUGCAUGUGAAUGGGUCAAGCGGUUUCUUUUAAUUGUUUAAUUAUAUCUUUAUUUAAAUUAUUCCACCAACUUCUAUACCUAAGUACCUAUCUGCACCUUUUAAAAGCAUGUUUAGGUUAAGGUUUCAUGUGCAGUAUAUUGCUUAUAUUGAAAUAAUAAGUAUAUAUUACAUAAUGUAAUAGGUACAUAUUACAGAGUGUUCGAUAAUGCCCGUAACAUUUCGGCAAGUAACUCUUCAUACAUUAUAAAAUAUUUCAAGGUUUGUAUAAAUAAAUGUAGGACCUUGCAGGCAGAUAUUCCGCUAUAUUUUUGAAGCAAUAAAUAAUUAUAAUUAGUGAACAACAUUGGGACGUUGGUACAUUAAAAUUAUUUAAAU